AUGGCCGACCAGGACCCCAACACCUUAUUUGGCCUCGACGAGUCUAACCUCGGCGUGGCGCCGUCCUUCCUCGACGACCAAGACGGCCAGAACGUCAAAUCCGACCCCAAUCGACAAACCAACAUCGCCAACGACAACCAGUCCUUCUAUGAUGCCAAUUGGGGCUUUCAGGACACACCCCCGUACGACUCCUACAGCAUCGCUGCCACCACCACCGCCGCCGGCGCCACUCCUCUCUUCCAGACUGCCUCCCCGUGGGAGCUCUCUCCGAAUCAGCAUCAGCAUCACCAGCUGCCCAACGUCACCCAGGGCCUUGACCAGUCCAUCGUCGCUCAGGCCGGCUUCUAUGCCACUCCCACCCCUCCCAACCAUCACCAACGAGGAGGCCAACCCCAUACCCUCCCCCAAGAGACCCUGAAUCUCCUCACGCCCGCCCAGCAGGAGAAGCUGCGAAAUAUUGCCAUGCCGGCCCACCUCCAGUACCAGUCACCCAAGAGCGAACCGAGCCCCGGAUCUGCCACGAGCGACCACAAGGCAGCAGGACUGUCCUCCCCGGAUGCCCACGACAGCAAGGCGAGCAGGAAGCGCAAGUCCUCCGCCGACAUCGACGACGACGAUGACGAGGACGACGAGAACCACCCCGUCAAGAAGACGGCCCACAACAUGAUCGAGAAGAGGUAUCGGACCAACCUGAACGACAAGAUCGCCGCGCUUCGGGAUAGCGUGCCCAGCCUGAGGAUCAUGUCCAAGAGCGCGAGGGGAGAGGACACGACCGAAGACCGCGAGGAACUCCACGGCUUGACGCCUGCUCACAAGCUGAACAAGGCUACGGUUCUGAGCAAGGCCACCGAGUACAUCCGCCAUCUCGAAAAGCGAAACAACCGAUUGAUCGACGAGAACAGCGCCAUGCAGAACAGAAUCGCCGCCUUUGAGAAACUCUUCAUGGCCGGCGCGAUGAACGGCGCGAUGAGCCCGCUCCAGCAGCCCCCGACGCCGAUGCAGUACGCGCAGGACCAGUACAUCAACACGCCCAUCGGAACGCCGCGCGGCGAGGCCCAGGGCAUGAUUCCCGUACCCGACGACAUGAAGCGCAUCAUUUCCGCGCAGAUGGCCGCCGGCCAGCCGUACCCCGUGCCGCAGCAGGCCUACCGCGGAAACCCGAACCAAAUGCGCCAGCAACAGAUCCAGCAACAGCAGCAGCAGAUGCAGCAGCAGGGCCGCUGGACCGGCGGCGCUCAGUACUACGGCAGGAUGAUGGUCGGCUCCCUCGCCGGUCUCAUGAUCAUCGAGGCCGUACGAGAGAACGAGCAGAGCAACGAGACCCCCGAGGGUCGCGGCCUCUUUGCCCUUCCCGUCCAGUUUCUCAGCUAUCUCGGAUCAAACUCGUCGCACAUGCACAUUGGCGGAUACCACAUUUCGCCGGCUCAGAUCAUUUCGCACCUCAAAUUUUUGCUCUUCCUUGGCACGUUCUUGUGGGUCUUUGUGCCCUCCCUGUUCGUCCCGUCCGACAAGAAACCGAAAAAGUCGCACCAGCUCCGAGAGUCGCUUCAGGCGGCCGGGUCCGUCGCGUCGCCGAUUCACGUGCGCCGGCAGGCCUGGCUGACGGCCAUCCAAACCGUCUGGGUUCCCAAGCACAACUUCGUCCUCGAGGCUGCGGCUCUCAUCCUGAAGACGAUGAAGCUCAGCCUGCGAAACGCCAUUGGCGUGCACGGCUAUCAGAUGCUCACCGGACUCACCGAGGAGCAGGAGGCUGCCCGCGUCAAGGCCUGGUCUAUUGCUUUGGAUGCUCAGUUGGCUGGAGGUGACGUUGAGAUCAACAAGAGCCGCCUCACCCUUACCCUCUUGGCGUCCGGCACCCUCCCCGAUACCCCGUCUCGGUUGAUGCUCAAGGCCCUCCACGUCCGUGUCCUCCUCUGGGAUCUCGGCUCCAAGGGGCUGCACAACUUUGUCGCUAAAAAGGUUGCCCGCUCGCUCUGGAACGACGCGAGAAACAUGAACCGUGUUCUUGCCCAGCAGCGCCGCAACUCGGAGCAGGUCGAAGACGACCUCCCCGAGCACUUGGCCGCCCUCAUCGAGCUGGAGUGCGACGAUGUCCUCAACAACAGCGUUAUCCAACGGGCCUACAACCUGGCGUGGAACCUGUCCACGACCGAGGGCGUCACCGAGCAAAACGACGGAAUGGACGCCGUCGUCGAUGACCAGGCUGUGCGCUCUCCCCUUGACGCGGUCGCCGCUUGGUGGUCCAGCCAGACCAUCCAGCGCGCCCUCGUCACCAGCCUCGAGGCCACCAAGGACGACGGCGACGCUCCGAGAGUCGUCUCAACCUGCCUGGAAACCGCCCUCAAGACUGCUCCCAUCGGCUCCGGUGUCCAGGCCCGCGCCCUGGUCGCCCGCGCCGUCCUUGUCGACGAGAAGCGCGGUGCCAACAUCGCCUCUGCCCUCCAGAACAUCCAACCCUCUGCCGAACAAAAGUCUUUGACCUCAUUCGCUGCCAUUAUCGAUUCUUCGUCCUCUGCCCAGUCCCCCGAUGUCCAGAUGGCCCUGAAGUGCGCCAUGGCCAUUGCCCACCUCCAGCGCGCCAAGUCCACCGCCGCCUACCCUCAGGAAGGCCUCCGCCUCGUUGAAAAGAUUGCCCGCCCCAGCGCCACCGCCAACAUGUCCCUCCUCGGCUGCACCGCCCUGUUCAAGCUCAUGGAGGAGCUCUACGCCCACCGAUCUUCGACCGAGUCUUUCAGCACGUCGCUCGAGCGCCUCGCCGGUAGCCUGCGCAUCUGGAUCGGCAGCGCACCGGGUGAGAAGUGUGGUCUGGAGCAAGACGUCCGCCACAAGAUGGUGGAUCGCUGCCUCGGCAUCACAAAGAGCGUCGUCGGCAUGGAGACCGACACCGGCUACGGCAGUAUGAGCGAGUGCGAAGAGGACGGGUGCUGA